CGCUAAGACUUGGAAAGGGUUGUAAGCCAGUCGAGGCACGUCGUCCUAAUCAUUAGUUCCAGCUGUAUUCCUCGCCGCCAGUCUGUAAGACCUGCACCGGAACCAUCCAACAAUGCAGAACCAUCGUGGACAUCCUUCUGUCACGAUCCCGCAACGGUCGCGGUCACCGGCGUACCAUCCCCCCGAAGUCUACUCACCCUACCCCUUCGAAGCGGGCUCGCUGUCUUCCGAUAACAUACUCAGCGCAUGGGACGCGACACCGACUGCAAGACGCCCCUCAGCAACUCUCGAAGUCCCGGAUAGACCGCUCAGCCGCGCACGCAGCACGUUUACAUCGUCAACCGGCUCAUCCUCCCAGCCUGAAAUACACCGAUCUACCUCUCAGAGGUUGAGUGUCCAACCUAACAGACAUCGAUUAAGCAAGUCGGAAACCGUUCUCACUGGAAGGUCGCCGGAGGACGAUUAUGUGGCUCGCUCGUAUACUCCUGCGACAGCAGUUCCGUCUUUCGAACUUAGUCCCGCUCGGAGCACGGAGGACUCGCCUGACUCCAAAGUCAACAAACUUACACGAGAAUUAUCAAACAUGACUCUCCAAUCCGAAGAGGGUUUAAAGCGUUUUCAAAAUGGCUCUUUAGAUGAAAAAGAUGAAGCGUGGCACUCUCUCGUCCCGCCCGAGGCGCGUGAUGCCCUUGGAAAACGCGAGGUGGAGCGCCAAUGCGUUUUGUUUGAGGUUUUCAAGUCAGAGCGGGACUACGUGUACGACCUGCACGUCAUUCGGGAUGUUUUCGUCGAACCCUUGAGAUCUGCUUCACCGCCCGUUAUAUCGCCUAGUGAACGCCUUCAAACCUUUCUCUCCACGGUUUUUUGGAACUUAGAACAAAUCAUAAACCACCAUAACCGACUCGUGGAAGCUCUGUUCGCUCGACAACGAGAGCAGCAUCCAUUGGUACAGAGUGUGUACGACAUUAUCCUUAAAUCCUUCUUCCAGUUUAGGCUCGACUACGAGUCUUAUAUCGAGCACUACCCGCUGGCAGAACAACGGCACCGCACAGAACUUAAUCACAACAAGGCUUACCAAAACUUCAUGCAGUGCUGCUCUAGGGAUCCUCGUACCAAGAAACGCGAUUUAGUCACAUUCUUAUCGCGACCAGUCACUCGCCUUCCUCGGCUCAAUCUAAUUCUCGAACACCUACAGAAGCAGACUGAAUCCGAUCACCCGGACGCCAAAGAUCUGCCUGUCGUUCUAGGCGUCCUCAAUGACUUCUUGAAGAGCACGCAGCCUGGCAUUGCAGCAGCAGAGAGCAUGGUCAAAUUCUGGAACUUGUGUGACAGCCUCGCGUUUAACAAGGGGGAAAUCAUAGAGUUGGCUUUGCACAAUGAUGCGCGUUGCCUGGUUCAUGCCGGCACUCUGGCACGACGAUCAAAGUCGGACAUGGACUGGAACCCGUGGUACGACCUCCACGUCGCAUUACUGGAUAACUUCCUCCUGAUAACAAAAGAAGAGAGAUUGUCUGGUGACGCUAUCAGACGUCUGGUCGUUUCAAGGCCUAUCCCUUUGGCGUACCUCCGGCUUGGCAGUUUUGACGGUCCCCCGGAGAACAGGAAGGAGAGACCCGAGGAAGGGAGCUUCCUACGAGUUUCAUAUAGACCAAUGUAUCCAUUCACGGUGUAUCACGCGUUUGAAAAAGCUACCCGUAGGUACACACUGUAUGCAUCAACAGAAGCAGCGCGGACAAAGUGGCAUGAGGCCCUGGUCAACACGAAGGCAGUAGAAGAUGCAAGGCGAGAGGGAAACCAAUUUUUCGUAUCCCAGGUCGUAGAUGACGGCACUUUCCGCGUACCUGGCCCUCGAAGUGGACGUUCCAGGAAACCUCCUUCUGGAAGAGUCGUUCAUGCGGUCCCCUUUAUCGCCAGUGGGGGGAAGAAAUUCAUGGCAAUUUGUUGUGCAUCCGGCAUAUUCAUUGGCCGUCGAGGUGAAACGUUCCGUAAAAUUCUCUCUUACGAAGACGCGAAGCGCAUCAUCGUUUUGCAAGACUUCAACAAGGUUUUGAUCCAUCAUGGCGGUUAUCUACUUUCGUACUCUCUCGAAGUGCUUGCCCGGGUGGUUCAAUACCAGUCACCUGCCAGUGCUCUAGAUGCAUCCCUUGAAACCAUUGCAGGGCAAGAGGGAGCCGUUGUCUGCUGUGAGGCCGGAAAAGUAAAAGACCGCACUAUUGUGGUCUUUGCUGUCAAAGGGUUCCUACAUACCAAUGUCUAUUCCGUUGAGGUUCACCGUCCCAAUGAUCUAGGGAUAAGAUCUCAGUGGACUCUACAACUCCCUACGCUGUCUUUCCGUCCCUAUGGCGAGGGCUUCUACAUUCCGCAAGACGCUUACUCGAUCACGACUUUGACCAAGACGAUCGCCGUUGCUACGGACCGCGGAAUUGUGAUUGCUGAUCCACAGAAUACCGGAAGAACGAUCAUCUCCAUAGUUCCGGACUUUUCGGGUGCCCCUUCGAAUUCAGCCACGGAUGACUUGAAGGCUCGUUGCGAAGCCGCCCGCCCGCUUGGACUCGUGCCUUGUGACGCAUCAGAGUUGAUGGUAAUCUAUGACACUAUGGGUUGUUACAUUACGAAGCACGGGCAACCGUCCCGAAAUUCCAGUUUUGUGCGUUGGGAGAUCAAAGCGGAUUCGUUCUUGCACCGCGCACCUCACGUCUUGCUGUUCUGCUCCGAGUUCAUUGAAGUUCGCAACGUGCAAUCAGGGAGACUUGACCAGGUCAUCGAGGGUGCGGACAUUCGACUGCUAUACGCCCCAAGCGUGCGCUCGGUUUCCCCUCUGGUUGCGUGGCGUGGAGGGAAAGAUGACGAAGAUGGUUUGAGUGAGCAGAUCGUAGAGCUUAUCGAUACAGAGGAAAUUACACCCGUGACACCGGCUUCAGGGGCUUUCGCAAAUCUAGACGUUUGGGACGAAUGGGAAAUGUAGUGUAGUAGGAAUGAUAUGAU